AUGCCUAUAACACGGGAAGAAAGCGACGCGUGGCUUAUCAUGCAAGGAGAUACUCAAGAGAGACUCGAUAGGAUCCACGCAGAAGCCGACGCAAUGCGCGCAAGGCUUGAGGCUGAAGGACGAGGACCUUCUACUGUUUGGGAGCCAGUCUCUUCUGAUGAUGAAGAAUUCGAGGAUAUACGGCCGAUGACUCCGCCUAUGUCUCCCCCGUGCACUCCACGAGGUAAGAGCCUUACCUAUCCCGGAGUGGCUUGGGAUCAAGAUCUGAACUUCACAACAGGCGCCAGAUCUAAGGAGAAUGAGUCCGUCAACAUGGAGAUCCAGCGGCCCAAACUGGGUGACACGCCUUUGCAAAACAUUCAUCCGGCCCCCUCCACUUCACCGCAGUUACGGGCACGCAAAGUACAACGUCAAAGACAACGUCGAACUCUACUACCGGUCUCUGGGCGGUCAAAAGCUUCGAAGACUACCGCUUUCUACGAACUCGCUCAUGAUAACAAAACAAGCCGACGCGUCUCCAGUAUUGCUCCGAUGGGUCCUCCAAAGUCCCCCGGCUUAAAGCAGCCAAAUAAAUCAUCUCCACAACAAAAACCUCGAUCCGCCUAUCGAGUUCAGAAGAGAUGA